UCUCCCCCCCCCGCAGCGACGUCAUCCGGGCUCUGCAACGGCCGGGGCGGCGCGCGCCGCUGCUGCAGUUGCUGCAGGAGGAGGCGGCGGCGCGAGCGCGGGGUGAGAUGGCGUCUGCUACCGACUCCCGCUAUGGGCAGAAGGAAUCCUCAGACCAGAACUUCGACUACAUGUUCAAGAUCCUGAUCAUCGGCAACAGCAGCGUUGGGAAAACCUCCUUCCUUUUCCGGUACGCCGACGAUUCCUUCACGCCCGCCUUCGUCAGCACUGUUGGCAUCGACUUCAAGGUCAAGACCAUCUACCGGAACGACAAGCGCAUCAAGCUACAGAUCUGGGAUACGGCCGGCCAGGAACGGUACCGCACCAUCACCACUGCCUACUACCGCGGUGCCAUGGGCUUCAUUCUGAUGUACGACAUCACCAACGAGGAGUCCUUCAAUGCCGUGCAGGACUGGUCCACCCAGAUCAAGACCUACUCCUGGGAUAACGCCCAGGUCCUGCUGGUGGGGAACAAGUGUGACAUGGAGGACGAGCGUGUCGUCUCCUCGGAGAAGGGCCGCCAGCUCGCCGAGCACCUGGGUUUUGAGUUUUUUGAGGCCAGCGCCAAGGACAACAUCAACGUCAAGCAGACCUUUGAGCGGCUGGUGGACAUCAUCUGCGAGAAGAUGUCGGAGUCGCUGGACACGGCUGACCCGGCGGUCACCGGCGCCAAGCAGGGCCCCCAGCUCAUGGACCAGCAGGCCCCCCCGCACCAGGACUGUGCCUGCUAGGGCCAGCCCCCCCCAUAACACACUCCAAAAAUUGGUCAGUGCACCCCCCACCCCUCCCCGAGCCCCUCUUCUUGGGGUUCCCACGGGGGCUUUUGCUGCUGAUACCUCCAAAUGGGCUGCUGCCUCUCUAGGAGCCCCCCCAGUUCAGUUAGGCUGUGUUCCCCCUGUCGCCCUCCCCCCCCCCCCCCCCCCCCCCCCCGCCCCAUUUAUUUAUUUUUUAAGCCUGGGCUGGUAGAAAACUCCCCCUGUUCUGCUUUUAAUUGCUCCACAAGUCUGAGAAAUAUGAUUUUCUCUGUCUGCUUGCUGCCACUGGCUCCCAUUGCCCCCUGUCCCGUCCCUCCCUGGGGAGCAGGGAUGGGCCUCCUCCCCAGCGUGGGGGGGCUACGAUGGGACCCCUAAACCUCAUGUCCCAGCUGGGACUCCCCCCCACCCCCCUCCCCAGCCUGGUUGUGGUCCCACCUGCCCAAAAUGCUCCUGGGGGCUUUCUGUGCCCAGCUCUUCCCUGCCCCCUCCCCCCCACAUGGAUGGAUAUUUCCUAACUCUUGUUUAUUUGUAUAAAUAGAUGCUAAUUUAUGCUCCCGCCGUCUUCCUCCUUGUACAUAAGAAAAACUUGUAAAUAGGUGUAGGAAGUGACGCUGUGCGCGUGACCUGCUGUGCUGUGGCCGUGUUGGUGCAUUUAUUCUUUUUUUUUUUUUUUUUCUCAGUGUGGUAACCUUGCUUGUGAAUAUAUCACUUUUAAAAAAAAAAACAAAAACAAAAACCAAAAACAACCAAAUCUAUUAUUUAAAGGUUAAAAAAAAAAAUACAUGAGCGAGGCCAGCCAAGCAAGCUGUAGCAAACUAGUCCUAGUUUGGGGAUGGGGACCGCUGCAAAACCCCUGGUUUUGGCUUGUGGGGGUGUGAGUGGGGCUCAGAGGAGCAUCACUAAUUUGCUGCAGGGUGUUCGGCUCCUCAUGUGUUCCUGUAGUACCGUGCUUCUGUGGAGACUGUGAAUAAGUGGAUGUUCCUGUAGCAAUGAUGGACCUGGAGGUCUUGCUGCCCUCUUAUUUAUUUUUUUUGGAGCGCUGUGUCUUUGUUUUACAGAUUUCCCCCCCUCCACCCCCCCCAACCGUGACACCAUCUUCCUCCCUUCCUCUUUCCUAUUUUUUGUGAAGUUUACUUAUGGAAGAGUUACACUGUACUGUACAAAUGUCAAAAGUGUCAAAAGAGUACAAUUUCCUAAAAAUCACUGUAUUUAAAGAAAUGUUGUGAAGAAAUAAAUCAAUGCUGAUCA